AUGGCCAUGGCGACCGCCGCCGCAGCCGCAACGCGAUCGCGCCGGGCCGAGAGGCGCGCGAAGGAGCCGGCCGCGCCCUCACAGCAGCAGCAACAACCAGUACAGCAGCAGCAGCAGCAGCAGCAGCAGCUCGCCCGUGCGAAGCGGGCAAGAGACUUUACCGACCAUGGCGACAGGGACACUGUCGUCGCGAAGAAGCCGCGUUUGGGGAUUGCCGUCGAAUUCCCCACGAAGCCGUUGCCGCCGCCGCCGCCGCCGCCUUCUCGUCCGACCACCUCCUCCGUCGCCAGCAACAGCAGCAGCAGCAACAGCAGCAGCAACAGCAGAGAUGGUGGUGCCGCCGAGAUCCAACAACAGCAGCAACGGCCGCAAGGCCGCACAAAACACCAGACAAAGGUCGCCAAUGGGUUGAAGGCAGAGCUCAGCCGGCUUCAGCCUAGCUCGGCUGACACUGCCGCCGCCGUGGGGGGCGUUCCCGAGCAGGGGACUGGACGAAAGCUCCGCUCGCAGGAGAGCACUCGUCUCAAGUCGGAGUUGUCCAACUACUUUCCCGAGUACGACGAGAUCAUUGGGAAUGAUCCAAAGGAAGAACACCUGCUCAACCUUGAGACUCCCAUCGUCAUCGUGCCCGCGGCCAAUCAAGCUCCGAUCUCCUACGACAAGUACCCCGUCAUGAGCUUCGGAGACCACCUCUUCACCGAUUUGUGGGAUUCGCAAGUCAUCGACUUCAGCUUCCUCAACAGCAAGGUCAGCCACAACCUUACUGAGAAGGACGACCCCCUCCCCGAUUCACUGUUCGAGCUCCCUCACAAGCGGGCCGAGCGUCAGGAGCGCUCGAUCCGGAACACUGAGAAGGGCCGAGCAAAGCAUGAGAAGGAGCAGGUGGUCCGGCUGCUGGAGGGACUGCAGGGCCCGGAAUGGCUGCGCAUUCUGGGCGUCCACGGGCCGACGACCGAGGCCAAGCGCCGGCAAUACGAGCCCGCGCGCGAAUACUUCAUCUCGGGGUGCCAGGCGAUUCUCGAUAAGUUCAAGCGCUGGACCGCCGAGGAGAAGCGCCGAAAGCAGAUGGAGAAGGACAAGGCGGCCGCGCAGCAGGCGGCUGCUGCCGGAUCCGUCGAGUCCCCGCAACACGACAAGGAGAAGGAGGAGAAGAAGUCACAGCCAGAGAAGAGCAAGAAGAAGUCGGCUAGGGCCAGCAAAUCGCGCGAAGUCGACAACGACGAAGAGGACCAAGAGGUCCCCGACAGCGAAUUCGACUCCGACUCCGACGAUGGUUCUGGCGUCUACGAAGAGCCGGCUGCGUUUAAGGGCAAGCCGCCCGACCUAGACGACCACGACGAUGCGGACGUGGAGAAACAGCUCCGCGAAGAGGCCCUGGCUGCUGCGGCGGCCAAGAGAAGAACAAAGAGCGCCAAGGGCAAGCGUACCGCCACUACUACCUCAGCCUCGUCAUCCUCCCGAUGCAAAAAGACCGUCGGUCCCUCCAAACGCCCCGUCUCCGCUGCCACCGCUCAGAAUAAGAACAGAUCUGCUUCCGUCCCUACCACCGCCCCCGCCACAGGCGCUUCUUCUGCCAAGCCCAAAAAGAAGACCGCUGAUAACAACAAGGGCGACAAAGAAGCGUCCUCUUCUAAGUCUACUAAAGAACUUACUUCCUUCUUCACCUCCCGCGCACAGCGCGAUGCCGCUCUCGCUAGACAUGCCUUCCAUCCCUCUACUACCUCUACGUCCACUACCUCAAGACCUACCCGUCGCACGACCCGCUCCAGCGAAAAGAUCCUUGCCUGGGGCCAUGCCCUCCCUGAUGUGCGCGAAACCGAAUUUGCGUUACCAAAAGACAUGCUGGAGGAUGAGAACCUUAAGGAGAUCAGGCUAACGCGGAGUCAGAGUCAUAACAAGAAGAGGAGGGCUGAGCAGAAGGAGGAGAAUAAUGACAGCGAUGCUGUGGGUGCAUCUAAGAGGCGCAGACGCUCUUGA